AUGAAGUACGAAUAUACGCCCAACCGUGAACGCCCUCGCCGCGUCUCCAUCAGCUCACUCCCAAAGCUAACUCGGGCCGGGACGUUCGAAAUCGAGUUUUCCUACGCAGUUUCCAAGCUCCGCUAUCGAACUAAGAAGGUCAUCAAAAUUCUCAAAAAGAUUGGCAAACCUAUCGGCAAGGUUUUGAAAUAUAUCAUAUUCGCCCCGUUCCUGCCCUGCACUCUAUUCUUUAUCCUGUUUGACAAGAUAAUGGUGGCUGCGCAAGGAGAGCUAGACGAGUUCUUUGACUACAACGAACCGUCAUAUCCCGCCAGCGUCUAUGAAGUCGACAUGGAAGAGUACCACAAAUAUUACGAUUGGGAAGGAUACCUAGACUAGGGUAUCAGCAAAAGCUCCAGCAAGUUUUGAAAACUGAUUUGGGCAUGGA